UUUCUUCUGGUAAGGUCUGAACAGUCAAACCAGCCGAUCGCCUAUCUACAGGAGGGCUGCCAUGAGGAUGUCUGCUGUCGUUUUGUCCGGACUCCUCCGUGUCACUAACUGUAGGAAGGCAUCACUGUGCCCCCGCUCACUCGCCAGACCCGAGCGGCCAUCCGCAUGUUGGCACAGAAGAUGUGUUCACCUCUCGCCAGCCCUGUCCGCUAAGACCCUGCUCCAUAAAUUCACUACCAAAUCCAAAAAGAAGCCUUGGUAUGACAGUCCCUCGUUUCCCAGGCCUGAUGAUAGGCCGCAUGGGUUAAUGAGUUUGAUGAAGGCACAACAGAAUGAAAAGCGGGGAAAUAACGCUCGUGUUAGGAUUCUGAAUUCAAUCCUGUACAAAGCGUUGGCCGGUCUGCUGAGCACGGCCGAAGUCAGCGAGGAGGUUUUUGAUCUUCAAAUUGAACUAUCAAAGGUGUCCGUAACGGUGGACUUUUCAGUCUGUCGUGCCUAUUGGUUAACCAGCGGCAAUAAAGAAACUGAUGCUGAGAUUGAAACAGUUCUUCAGAAAUGUGCUCCUUGUUUUCGACAUCUUCUUAUAACUCAUCAAGUUCUUGGAAAUGUUCCAACGAUUGUGUUUUUAAAAGACCAAGAGGAUGAAAAAAGACAAGAGAUUGAAGACUUAUUGGCAACUCUAGAUUUUGGAGACAGUAAUGACCCUGCAGUAAAAAGCUGUGAUAUAUCCAGGAAACGGGAUGCUACAUCCCUUGCCGAAUUGUCAGCACCCUCAGCCCCUAGUAUGUUUGGAAUAGACCAUAAUGAAUUUAACAAGAAAAUUGCAGAGUACAAGAAAAGAGUGAAGGAGAAGCAAAUAGAAAAUGAAGCCACUGAAUUCUCACAGCAGCAACAAGAACAGUUGGCAGAGAUUAAAAAGCAAAAGAUUCGAAAGAAAAAAUUGAAAAAGCAAAGAUGGACUGAGCUCAAUAAUGAGAACCCACAAUACUAUUUAAUGGCCUCAGACAAUGACUUGUCCUAUGACGAUCAGGAGGAGUAUGAUGCAGAACUUGAGGAGGACACUGAGGACAAAGAUGAUGGCAGCAGAAAGUUGCGCUAACCACUUUCUAUUUGAACAGUGUAUAAAUAAAAGUAUACAUGUAUAUAUCU